UACGAAACGAGUGUAUCAUUAAAAUUGAAACAAGUUUCUUAAGCAGUUGGACAUGAAUUCAAAAAUCCUUUUAUUUCAAGUCUUGUGCCUAUCAUUAGCUUUGAUUUCCAUCAAAGCCUAUGUUAGACCGGAGGCACCAAUGAAUGAAUACCACGAAAGUAGAGACGCGAAGCCCUUUGAGCCCGAAGAGGACAGACACCGUCAUCACCACCAUAAGCACCACCACCACCAUCACGAAAACAUGGACUCAUUUGGUGAGCCCAGACACCAUCGCUCGCACCCAUUCCCGGGUCACGCGAACAUCAUAUCCAAACUGAUGCCACUCGUGAAGGCCUUAUCCCAAAGGAGUUUCAAACAGACCGGUAAUAUAAAGGCUUCCAGUGACGCCAAACUGGAGUCGUCCUCCAAGUCCAGGGCUUAUGUGGUCAGCAAAUGGAAGACACAGACAAAGGAGAUGUUUGUUAACAAACAAAAUAAUAACUCGAGUAAAGUGUUGACGCGAACCAUCGACGCGAGCGGCGAAACCGAUGCUGUGGUCGACCUCAACGCCGAUAUGGAUGUUGUCAGCAAUAAAGUGUUGACCGCCAGGAACACUCUCGAUUCAGAGCCCGCAAAGGGGUUGGAGAAGCACCACAAGCACCACCACCACCGCAGACACCAUCAUCACCAUCACGACAUGAAUGGUGAACAACAACAACAACAACAACACCAAGAAUCUGAGGGACAGUAUAACAGAAGGUAUAAGCGGGAGACCACUGGUGACGAUCACCACGAGGACAAAGGUGUGGGCAAUCAGUUCUUAGCGAAAGUGGGAGACAUCUUCAAAAAGGCCGGUCAGGCCAUCAGCGAAACUGUCAAAGAAUACGCGCCGAAGUUUGAGAAGGGGAUUAAGGAGACGGUCGACAAGAUAUUCAACCCCAAGAAGAAGCCGGCGCCCAAUGGCGACAGCCCUACCGUCGCACCCAAGGAGGGCGAGAGCGACGAUGAUUUUGAUGCCGUCGAUAAUAACGGAAACUUUGACCACAACUUGAAUGUCCGGAAGAUAUUGUGUGAACUGCUUCUGGAGGACUGCGCCGACAAUAGUGUGCAGACGUGUAGUGGUGGCGAACAGAAGCGGCUGUCCGUCGGACUCGAAUUGGUUCAGCAAAUGAAGCCAAACCUCUUGUGUAUCGAUGAGCCCACCAGUGGUCUCGACAGCAAUGCCUCGGAAUUGGUUAUCAAAUGUUUGAGACAACUAUCAGAGAGACAUCGGAUGGCAAUCGUGACGUCAAUACAUCAGCCAAACUCACUCCUGCUGUCAAUGUUUGAUGAGUUGUAUGUCCUCUCAAAAGGAGGUCACUGUGUCUUCACGGGCCCCCCAAACCUCCUCAGAGGACAUCUCCUCAGAAGUGGCAUCACCUGCGCUGAUGAUAUUUCCAGCGAAAAUGGUGGCACAGAAUAUGACAUCAAUAGCCUUAUCGAUGCCGUCAAGAAUCAGACGAUGAGACUCGGCAUCUUUACCCUGUUUAUAGCAUUUUGUUUAAGUUAUUUGUAUGGCUUUCAUGUGGGAGAAGCGGACGGGUGUCUUGACUUAUAUCUCACAAAUACCUCCAUAUCUAAGACCACAUCACUGGAGGAGGCGUUGAAAAUAAUGAGCGAAGAGUCGGAUGUCAUUCAAAACGUCAAACUAUUAUUCUUUACGGUCACGUGUCUCGGGUUUGUAUCCAUGGCCUGCACUAUACUGGUGUUCCCAUCGGAAGUCCGUAUAUUCCUCAGCGAACACCACAACCGGUGGUAUUCAACGAGUUCUUACUAUUGGAGCAAAUUAUUUGUCGAAAUCCCUGUCUGUGUAGUCAUUUCAGUGGUUUAUUCAACGAUUAUGUACUUCUGUACGGGACAGUUACCCCAAACAUUUCGCUACUCAUACUUCACUAUUGUUUCGGUGUGCGGUAUGUUUAUUGCAAACAGUUUUGGCAAUGUAGUCGGGAUCAUAUUUGCCCAAAAUUAUCAAUUGGCCACUACUAUAGGCGUUGCCUUUUUUCUCGUACUCUUUCUUUUGGGCGGAUUUGCUGUCCGACUGUCCACUCAGGAUGUGGUCAUUCGUGGACUCAGUUAUAUAUCAUCCGUUAAAUUAAUAUUUCAGUCAAUUAUGAUCACAACCUAUGGCUUUGACAGAUUUCGCACGGAUUUGUUUGGCAGACAAAGCAAACCAAUUCUGGUGUCCCUUUCCGGACGAAUCAAUUUCCAUACACUGACGGCACUCAUGGGUCCGUCCGGUGCCGGAAAGACCACUCUUUUGAAGUGCAUUAAUAUGCGAUCAAAUUCUGGACUCACGAGCGAUACACAAAUUUCCAUACUAUAA